AUGUAUUCAUUUUCAUCAAUAAUUCUUAAACAGAAGACCUCUCCAAUACUUCAUAUAAUUUAUAAUUUAAGCAACUGUCCAAAAACGCAUUACGAUGUAUUAAAUUUGCCAAGAACUUGUACGUCUAAAGAAAUUAAGGAAUCUUUCAUCAAACUAUCUAAAGAACAUCACCCUGACAUAAAUAAACACAGAGAUGCACAUUCUAAGUUUCUAUCAAUCAAUGAGUCUUACAAAGUUUUAAGUAAUGUGGAAUCUAGAAGAAACUAUGACCUAGGUUUAAUUCCAAAUAGGACUACAGAGGUUUAUCAAUAUGGACCACAAGUUUAUAACAGAGGGAAAGAAAAUAACCAGUGGACUGAUCGUACUUUUUAUGCCAAUCGUGAUAGAAGCAAAGAUGAUAUGUAUAUGCAGAAGCCAUAUUAUGGUAUUAAGGGUCAAGAAAGAGUAUCUAAUUUCAAGGUAGUGGUAAUCUGUUUGACAUUAGCCAGUUUUGUUGUAGGAUUGCAAUUCUUAGCCAUAGCAAAAUCUGCAACUUUCCAACGUGAAGAAUUGCAAAGAAAAUCACAAGAAGCACAAGAUUCACUAAAUUCUCUCAAACGAAAAGUAGAAAUAAAUGGAAAUCAACUACAAAUAGAACUCCUAAACUUAAAAUUUGCAGAACAAGAAAGGCAGUCUGGAAGAAAAAAUUUAUAA